GACUUUUAUGGAGCCAACGCGACAAUAAAUAUGUCGGUUAUAUUGACUUUGAUGAUGAAAAUGUUGAGUUUGAAGCAUUUGGCGAGCAGUGUCUCCACAAUGUUCAGGGUUCAGAGUAUAUGAGCGAUCAUAAUAAGCGUAAUAACAAUGAUGAAAAGGACUUAUUUUGGUGUUGA